AUGAAGAAAACUAAAGAAGUAAAAACAACAAAGACCAAUAAAGUAAGACCUGAUAAAACAAGACCUAAUAAAACAAGACCUGACAAAGCAAGCUUAACAAAGCAAGACCUAAUAAAACAAGGCCCAAUAAAAGCAAGACUCAACAAAGCCAAACUUGACAAAGCAAGACCCAACAAAGCCAAACCUAACAAAGCAAGACUCAAUGAAACCAAACUUGAUGAAACAAAAUUCAAUAAAAUCAAGCCCAAAGAAGACCCAAUAAA